UUAAUUUCUUAUUUUUCCUAUUUGCCAGUUCUCCCUCUCCCACCCUGGCAUCCUCGUCCGUACUCUGUCUUUUUCCUGUCCCUCUCUCUUCCACCGGCAACCUCCCCACCCAGUCACCCUCCCCACACGUGCCUCCCAUCCCAGACCUCCAUCACACGUGCCGCCUCACCCACACAACACACCCCUUUCCGUGGUGCAACAAAUAAAAAGCCACCACCACCAGACAGAAAUCCAGAGCUGCACAGCACAGCAUAUACGGAGAGAGAAACUGUGUGUCUGUGAAGUGUCUGUUUGUGUUCGCUGGAAAUGAGAGUAAAAAAAAUUCAUUCAAGAGCAUGAAUUUUUCUUCGGGCAUGAAGUAAAUGGAUAUCUACUAUUAAAUCUGAACUGAGAGAUCGAUUCUGUGGUGUUUGAGCUUGAGUUUGUUGGUGUGUGUUUGGGUUUGAAUCUGGGUGUGGGAUAGGAGAAGUUCCCAUCUUGCACCGAUGAGGAUCCGGAAGAGGCAAGUGUCUCUUUCUCUUUUGCCAGUGACACACUCAGAUCCCAACCUGAUUAGCCGGUCACCGGUCCUGGUGCAACUCCACGGUGCUGCAACCACCUCACCGAAACCUUCUUGCACUCAUGCCUCAGCUACUGCACUGAUGCUCCUCUCAGAUCCUCCUGGGCCGUCCGAUCAUCCUCGCAGACCGAUCGAGAAACCAACCGACGGCUGUGAUGAUCCCUUCAGUGAUAGCGAAGCAAACAGGAGGCAGCACAAGAAGCAAGAAUGUUUGGUGGAAGAUGGAGGAGGGGGACAUAAGGUUAAUGAUUCCAGGAAAGAAGUCGUCUUGUGUUCAGAAAUAAUGCCAGCUAAGACGAUCUUCUCACCUUCAAUCCCUUAUAGUUCUAAACAAGAUGGGAGAUGGUGCGAGGCAGAGAAAGCCUUUCCUCUAAAGAAACGAAGAGGGAGCUUUGAGAAUGUAACCAAGGUCAACAAUAACAACAAUGAUAACAGUAGUAAUAAGAAAAAGAAGAAGACGAGGAUGAAGAUGAGCAAGAAAUGCUCAGUGCAAGAUGACAGCGAUGACAACAAUGAAGAGAGUGAAGAAGAGGAAGAAGAAAAGGCCGUGAAAACAAAGAAGAGAGUGAGGGGUGGUGCAAUUAUGGAAGGGUCACGGUGCAGUCGUGUGAAUGGGAGGGGAUGGAGGUGCUGUCAACAAACACUGGUUGGAUAUUCACUUUGCGAGCAUCACUUGGGGAAAGGAAGGUUGAGAAGCAUGACAAGUGUGGGAAACAGAUCUUCUGCUACCACAACACAUGGUGCUGCUGAACUGAAGAAGAAUCACGUGCAAGACCACACGGCAUUAUCUAAAUCUUCACCUUCAUUCCCUGAGAAGAAAACCAAGUGUGCUGGAAGUGAAAGUGAUGAAGAAGAUAAUGAUGAUGAGAAGAAGCCACUUAUUGUCACGAAGAAGAAGCUUGGAAUGGUGAAAGCGCGUUCGAUAAGCAGCUUGCUUGGACAAGCUAACCAACCUUGAAAUUGUUGGAAUAUUUAAUCAAGUAAGGACUAUCUGAACUGAGUGAUGAAAACAAUAUAAUCAACGGUUUAUUAUUUCAUGCAUAGAAAUUAAAUAAUAAUGACCAUGUCUUAUAAUUGA